UCUUUCAAUCAAACUGCGUCGUGAAGGUGUUGUCCAGCCGCUUCUGACAGGUGUAAUGAUGUCGCCAACAAUAGGACAACGGCGGCCGUCAGUUGUGGACCGGCCGCUUUGUUCCGUGUGAGGCUUUUUUUGACGUGAAAUGUGAUGAGUUAAGUUGUGACCAUAACGUUUCCCCUCGACAGCUCAGCUGCAUCGGACGGCACAGACAGGACAUGACUGGAGCCCGUGGAUGUAGCUUAGCAGCCUGCUAGCGAACAACCGAGAAAAGUAGCCAUUGUUUUAGUUGAUGGCUAACAUGGCAACGAAAGCUAACGCUAGCAGCGUCGGUUAAACGGGUCCAACCGUUGGCAGAAGAUACUGCUGUGGUCACCCUGCAGAUUGUGUGAUGAUUGUGAGGCCAGUGAACGGUGCCUGUCCCUCUUUUCCUCAUCUUUGGCUAGUCCACCUUCUCCCUGAAUAACUGUCUACAAGUCUGUGAAGAUGACCGACAAGAAGGAGCCACCCUUCUUUAAUGACGACAGUCCGGGAGCUUUUCAUUAUAAGAUUCCUCUCUAUGACACUAUGGAGCUCUUCAUAGAGACCCUGACAGGAACCUGCUUUGAGCUGCGUGUGUUGCCCUUUGAGGCUGUUAUUUCAGUCAAGGCAAAGAUCCAGCGGUUGGAAGGUAUCCCUGUUGCCCAGCAACAUCUUAUCUGGAACAAUCUGGAGCUGGAUGAUGAGCAUUGUCUCCAUGACUAUGGCAUUGCUGAAGGCUGCACUUUAAAACUGGUCUUAGCCAUGAGGGGUGGGCCGAUCAACAUCAGGAGAGUGACCAUGGAAGAUCCAAUCAAAGAGGUGGCCGACCUGAUGGAGAGCACCAAGGAGGAAGGUUGGGAAAAAGGCGCGGCCAACAAGCAGGUCACGUUUGUGGUUUAUCGAAAAGGUGACCAGCUAAGCUUCUUCCGAGUGGUCGACAGGGGAGAUGGAACUCUGACUCCGUUGUCGGAGUCUCUGAGCAGCGGUUCAGGGUACAAUGUUUAUGCAGAGGAGGAGAAUGGAGAGACCUCUGCAGCGGCACAGCAGAGCCUUGAGAACUCCAUCACCAUGAACAAAAUGAAGCUGCUUAAAGCCAAGAUGGAGGACAUGAACCUGAACAAGAAGCCGAAGAAGUCUGCAAUGGUGAAACCGCAACCCCCUGUCAGCCCACAUCCCUGCGUUGGUUCACCAGGAUCUUCCAACACGCGACACCACCAUCGCCUCUUUCGUUCACUCCAUCAGAUCAACCAGCCUCAGCAGUUACAUGCACUACCUCCAAUCACUGACCAUGAAAUCAUAGACCCCUUUCCACCCUCUGCUGCAGCAGGCUCUCUCCACUUGUCCAUCCCUCGGCAACCAUCUCCCUCCUUCUCCUCGUCUUCUUGUUAUAUGCUUCAUGAAGAGGAGCCAUGGGAGACAUGCCCAGCAUUUGCCAAAAUACGGCCCCCUCCUAAAGUUUCCCGGUUAGACAUCGGCAGCACCAGGUUGAUGAGGGACUGUGUGUACCCUCAGCUCCCUCCCCUGUGUACCAGGGGGCCACCUGAAGCUCUCUUUGACCCAGUUGAACCUGCAGGAGAGGCAGUUGGGCUGGGUUUGUUGGAUGAGGCUACUGGGCUUCUGGAGCCAACACGACCUGGAGCUCCAUAUGGGAAACUGCCAGACCCUCUGAGUCUGGAUGUGUCAUCCCAGCCAGAUGGAGGUUGUCAGUCCCUCGAAGUUGGCACUCAGCACCAGUUGCCCCUCUCUCCCUCCCCACUCAGUACCUGGACACUUGGGAAAAGUGACACUCUCACCAGCAGAACUGAUAGGACACAGCUUAGCACAGCUUUACAUAUCAGCCCUUCCCCUCCAUUACCCACAUCCUCUACUACCAGACUGCUGCCUCAGCCGUUUGAUUCCACUCUCUCCUGUUUACAGCCCAGUAUUCAAGCACAACCCCCUGCACAUGUGAAGCCUGGCAACACGUCUCCUCACACCUCAUCCGCUCAUCCCCCUCUCCUUUGUAGUGUUAAUGCGGAGACAUCUGGCAAGAGGCCAGAGCUAAUCUCAAAGAGGGAAGCAAGAAGCAUCACUAAGUUGGUCAACCAAGCUUGCAAGCAGCCUCUGGGAACUCGGAACAACUCUGAGCUCUUGGCUUCUCUCUCCACAAGGGCUACAGCAACAGCAAGCAGCAGCAGCAGGAGGGAGGGCCUUGGGGAGAGUCUGGGACUUGCACUGGCAGUUCCUCCUGCUGCUGCCUCAGGACAGGGCAGCCAUGCCUCCAGGCUGCCAUCCAUCCCAACUAACAGACUCCUUCAGGAUGGUUACAAUAGGCAUCGAGCAGCAGCCUCUUAUAUGGCCACAAACACUCUUGCGUCAACUGGAGGAGUCAUGACCUCUUUUGGGAGACUAGGCACUCCGACUUACCACCUACCUCCAGUCAAAGCUCCGACAGGCAGCAAAAAGAAGAGCUCGAAGCACUGCUUCCUCUGUGACAAAAAGACCGGCUUGGCCACAAGCUACAAGUGCAGGUGUGGUCACAACUUCUGCGCCGCACACCGCUACGCAGAGACACAUGACUGCACUUACGACUACAAGAGCGCCGGACGGCGAUUUCUACAAGAAACCAACCCUCUUAUCAGCGCUCCCAAACUGCCCAAGAUCUAGACCCCACAACCCUCAGCUCUCACGAGGGACGACCAAAAGUACUACAGGAUAAAACUGACAUGAAGUGGAAAGGAGGCACUUAUUCACCACUGUGCUUUUUUUUGCUUUUUUAAAUCAGCCAAGUUUGCUUAGAAUUUAAAUCAAAUAUUCUGUAAAGCCAAGUGUGAACAAACAAAAAUGGAACUGAACUGGCACAGAACAAAUUCUCACCUCUUGACAGUGUGGAGGAAACAUGUUUAUCCUUUUAAUUUGUUGCCUUUUAUCUCUUUCUUUUUAUCACCGUGAAAAAAUGAAACAAAAAGUAUGCAUGUGUGUAUGUCUUCUUUCUUUCUUUCUUUCUUUCUUCCAUUUGUUAAUAUAUCAGCUGCACGUUCAGACAUAUCUAUUUUUAGUUUUGUAAACCCUUUUUUAAUGUUUUUUUAAAUAAUAGGACCACUGAUGACUUUUCAUUUGACAAGUCUUUGACAGAUGCACUUUAGAACUAUCAUAUUUAUACAUUUACUUUUCUUAUUGUGUGGGAGAAGGACCGUUAUCUUUUGUAGUAGUCGAGAUUGUUUUGUAUUCAGCGUCUUUCUAACACAGGCACAUACACACCAACAUCACUAAUGCUAUAUUUCUGCAGAGCAAACAAUACACCACCUUUUACUAAUGAAAUACUUAAUAUUUAUUAAUGAUAACUACUUAUUUAUGAUUGGUCUAUAUUGGUUUUUAAAUGGCAAUUAUGCAAUGUGUGUCAGUGUGAGUGUAUGUUGUAAUCCACAUGCCUAUCAAGUUAACUGUAUAGGAUUAUGGAGUACGAUUGUGGUAUUAAUGAUGUGUCUACUGUUCAGUGGUUGCCAUAAAAAAAAAUCUUUUGUAAGUCUUUUUAUUGCUCAGCUGUUGCAAAAAAACUUUAAAUGCUGUUAAAGUAUCUACAGGGGUUUGAUCCAAUAAAGUUUCUUCUAAGCGUUUCA